AGUGGUGCAACAGCUUUGAUUCAGUAGCCAAAUGCAUUACUCAUAACUCAGUUUUAACUAGUUUGAACUUAUAACAGCUGGAGCAACAGGCUGUUGCUGCCUUACAGUGGAUUUUGUGUAUGUUGGGCGGUAAUUUUCCAUGUGAAGUCAUCACAUGUUGGAAGAUGCUGGGAAACGUGUUGAAUAAAACCCCGCCCUGACUCCUCAUCUUCUGUCUCUAUGCGGCACACAUCUCUCGUGCUGCUCUCGCGCUACAUGAAACUGACAGUUUGCAAACUGGGAAAAAAAAAGAAACGUUAAAUAGAUUUUCAACUGGCAAAAUACGACUCGGGAUUUUUUUUAAUUUAAUUUUUUAAUUUUUUGAAGCUAAUUAAAUCCACUCAAGGGCAAAGAUGAAGCUGACUUCAUUAGCCGCGUUGUGUCUGUUGCUUCUUUUAUUUCAUACCCAGUUUUCACUGGCCAAGAGAUCAGGGAGCAAGAAGACCACCACCACAUCCAACCGGGGCAGCACCCAAUCUAGCACAGGCAGCAAAAGUAAUCAGGGCACCAGCUCUAAACCUAAACAGUCUGGACAUCCCAAUCAAGGAGACUACAAUCAGCAACCAGGCAGACCUGGUGGAGGAGGCUACCAUAACCAAUACCCGUCAUGGGGCUCCCCAUAUGGAGGAGGUUAUGGUGGUUAUGGCCGUUAUGGUCGUUAUGGUGGUCAUGGUGGUUAUGGUCGUCAUGGUGGUUAUGGCAGUUAUGGUGGUUAUGGUGGUCAAGGUGGUUAUGGUGGUUAUGGUGGUCAAGGUGGUGAUGGUGGUUAUGCUGGUUAUCCAGGUGGAUACAUCAACCAAAACCCGAAAAACAAAAUCCUGAGCCCUCACUAUGGUGGCAGCUUUGGAUACGGGGGCUACAGUGUUGGGGGUGGGUCUCCAUUUUCCAACUCAGUUCAGAGGAUGAACAAAUUUCCCAGCCAUGAAUCCAGAGGGUUUGGGCGCAGUGCGUUCAUGGCAGCAGAUAGACGGACUAUGACAGGAAUGGCCCUGGGCUACGGAAUAGGAAGGUUCCCUCGCCCUCACUUCCCCUUCAGAAACUCCCAGGAGGAGUACUACUACAACAACUACAUGUACCAGACCUAUGGUGCCAAGUCUACUGAUACCAACGACUACAGCAGAGACUACAGGUACAUCCAACCGCCUGAACGCUAUGACAGCUACAUGGAGUCCUGCAUGAAGAGAACAGACCUUCUGUCUGCAGAGAAUCAAAAGAAAAACAACAAACCAGCUGCCACCACCAUAACAACUACGACUACUGUUGUCACCGCAGCUCCCGAUACCAACACCAGCAGCAACACAACAAAGACCAACAACACUGUUGCAAAAAACUCCCCAACCCCUGCACCUUCAACUCCCCACCCUAUAAAUCAGCCUAAAGCCAUUCCUGUGACUCCAGCUCCACCGGCUGUCGACAGCGCUGAAAACGACAAUGACACAGUUAGCAUCAUGGAGAUCGGCUACCCCUCACUGAUUGAACAGCUUAAAGUCAGGAAAUGCGUGGAGCUGUACAUGAUUUACUCUGACAAGUUCUUAGUAAAAGAGAAAGAGAGAUAUAUUGGAGGGGUGCAGGGAUUGGAGACGGGCAUGCGAGGGCUUUUAGCAGUGAUCACCAGUGUUUUAGUGAUGCUAAUGAAUAGCAACAUGCUAACACUGCUCCAUUAGCAGUUAAAGUGAUGGAGAAAUAUAGAAAUGAGGUGUACGGCAGGGUAUGUGUUAAAAGAAUGAAGUAAAUGGAUGGCUUUUAUUAAUUUAUGACUUUUUUAGGACUUUCUCUAUUGUGUGUGGAUUUCUACUUUGUGUAUUUCAUAUUUUCUUCAGGAAGUUUAGGCGUUGCUCGACAUACACAGCUGGCGCACACACUGCAUCUCAUGUUUGAAAUAUAUAUUCAAGGUAAGGGAGAGGAAAGCUUAGAAAGGGAGAGCCGGGGUGGUGCAAACUAUUGCUCUUCCCCUUUCCUGUUCUGAGAGAGAAAGCAUCCAUUAACUGCUCUAAGUGAGUUUGAAGGUGCGGAGGAGUCGGGCCCAGUAGCGUCCAUUUAGCAGAUUUGAUUUUACUGUCUCUAAUGAGACUCUGGGACUGUUUUCACUCUGUAGGAUACAACCACAUGGAGCCAUAGAAAUUCUGAGUGCCACUACUCCUGCUCUUUUUCAGAUUUUGAAUAAUUUAUUUAGUAAAGGAAAACGUUCAGUGUCGUUCAAGAGGAAAAAGGGUCUGAGAGGGUUAGCUUGCACCGGUGGAGCCACAAUGUGCUCUGUCGUGGUGAAGAUCUGUGUAAAUAAACUACUUUGCACAAAUGGAGAUCUGCUUUAAGUGUUAUAUGAUCAUAUUAACUUCAGGGGUGUUGGUGUUGGAGCAACCGUCUGAUUCAAGGAUAGUUCAAAUAAUUGGAAAACAAGGAAUAAUCCAAAACUAUCAAAUAAUACUCACUGUCUAAUAUCCUAUCAGCUAACAUUACUAACAUCAGUGCUUUUAACUAAAAGGUUUUACACUGAGCAUAACUGAGUAUUGGUAACGAAAUAUUACACACUUAUCUCUUCAUAGUUUAAAGCAUAACUGGACUUUCAUCAUAUAUGGUCCAAUGAAAUACAGAAAACCAAAACAACAGACUAUUACAUCUGUUUCCAAUAUUAUGCAUGUUGUUGUCCUAACACGCCUUAAAUUACUGACUUUUGAAUCAAUGCAAAGCAAAAAAGCACCUUUCCAGAAUGUUUCUGUAUGCUGUUUAAUGUUUUUCCAUGUAUACAACUCUUGUUUUAUACAGUAUGUCUUGUAUUUUCUGAUAUUUUUUAUAUACUUGCCUCCCUCCUUCCCACUAUCCAGUGUUUUGCCCCUUUCCUGUGAUUACAGAAGUGCUCUUAAUGUGUACUGAUGUAUUAAUUCUGAUCUGAAUGAACCUCCAAAGCUAAUGAAUGUUAUCUUACAUUAUCAGCUGAGUUUAUUGUACUGUACGUAAGAUCUGCACAAUCAUUUUUCUAAUCAUGAAAGCUCCUUUAUAAAAAAAAAGAACAAUUUAAAGGUACUCUCUGGAGUUUUAAUCAUAACGAAACAUAUUCAAUCAUAUACAGGAUUUCUAACACACACGUUUAACACAUUCCCUACAUAAUAAAACAUUUGACACGUCAUUAUUCAAGUCUCCAGUUUUCAUGUGAACAUGUAGGAUAAUACAUAACAACAUACAAUAUACAUUAAAAUAUAGGCUGUUAUGGCUAUCUGUGCAUUAGGAAAAUAAAUGUGAUUUACUGCUCCAAUAGAAACAAUCCGUGUUGGGUUGAAAUUUAAUUUAAUACUCUUGUUCUUCUUCUGCCUCCUCUGCUCUGCUGCAGAGUGAUUAACGACCACAGGAUCUAAAACCAGGUGACUCACAAUGCACUUUAUCCCCAAACUACCAUCACAACAGACACGUUUUGUUGUUUGACUCUAACAAUUUGUGAUCUACAGUGGUCGAAAACUCCACAGUGUACUUUUAAUUUGUUGUAAUAUGUAGCCUGUAUUAUCCUGGAAG